CGUAGGCGUCUCCCUGAAGAGCGCUAUCCUGGAGGAAGGCUCGCUGCUUGACAGCUCGCGUUGUCCUCGAUUUAACCAUAAACCAGGAACAUGGAGGUUACACGCCGUUUCCUGCCUUAAUACCCAUCCUGUUUCACGCCACAGAGGCCUUUUCGGUUUCCGCUGGUUUUGUAGUUCGUCGUCAUCGCAAUGGCACGCGCCCGCCGGAGCCGCUCCAAUAAUGGCACUUGAAUUCAGGCCCAGCACAUCGUUGAACCUCAACUUUUCAUACAAAGUUGACUCCUUCUUUUUCCGAAUCAGCCGUGUAUAAUCGCAGCUGUGUCACCCCGUCAUCUACUGACAGUGACUGACCUUUGACCUGGACUCAGCACCUGGGCUUUGUCUGUCAUGUCUAGCCCCAGCAGUAGUCCAGAGAGAGAGGGAGGGGUCACUGCGUCAGUUCAGCUGGAGAACCUCGGCUCUCCAGCAUGUCAGGAGGCUGAUCCGCUCUCCGUUGGCAGCCCUGUGCUGAGCCCAGACUCCAGUUCCCAUGAUGCCGCUCUCUCUGCACCAGCAGUCUCGCCUGCUGACUCAGAGAAUCUCAGCCCAGAUGAACUGGAGCUGCUGGCUAAAUUGGAGGAACAGAAUAGGCUCCUGGAGGCCGAUUCCAAGUCCAUGCGCUCUAUGAGCGGCUCUCGCAGGAACAGCGGUUCCUCACUGGUGUCCAGUUCCUCUGCCUCGUCCAAUCUUUCGCACCUGGAGGAGGACACCUGGAUCCUGUGGGGACGCAUCGUUAACGAGUGGGAUGAGUGGAGACGCAAGAAAGACAAAUUGCUGAAGGAACUGAUAAGGAAAGGGAUCCCACAUCACUUCCGGGCAAUCGUGUGGCAGCUGCUGGGCAAUGCCACGGACAUGCCAGUGAAGAACCAAUACUCAGAGCUGCUGAAGAUGUCGUCACCCUGCGAGAAGCUCAUCCGCAGGGACAUCGCCCGUACCUACCCUGAGCAUGAGUUCUUCAAGGGACAGGACAGUCUGGGUCAGGAGGUCCUUUUUAAUGUCAUGAAGGCAUACUCCCUAGUGGAUCGUGAGGUAGGAUACUGUCAGGGCAGUGCCUUCAUUGUUGGGCUGCUUCUCAUGCAGAUGCCAGAGGAGGAGGCAUUCUGUGUGUUUGUGAGGCUGAUGCAGGAGUACAGACUCAGAGAACUCUUUAAACCGAGCAUGGCAGAGCUGGGCCUCUGCAUAUAUCAGUUUGAAUACCUGCUGCAGGAGCAGCUGCCAGAAUUGAAUGUGCAUUUUCGCUCGCAGAGUUUUCACACCUCCAUGUACGCUUCAUCGUGGUUCCUCACACUCUUUCUCACCUUUCUGCCUCUGCCCAUUGCAACACGUAUUUUCGAUAUCUUCAUGUAUGAGGGUCUGGAGAUUAUAUUUCGAGUAGGAAUGGCCAUUUUACAGUACAACCAGACUGACCUCAUACAGCUGGACAUGGAGGGCAUGUCACAGCACUUUCAGAAGGUGAUCCCUCACCAGUUUGACAGCUGCCCUGAUAAACUCAUCCUCCGAGCUUAUCAAAUUAAAUACAACCCCAAGAAGAUGAAAAAAUUGGAAAAGGAGUAUACCACCAUCAAAAACAAAGAGAUGGAGGAACAGAUUGAAAUUAAGCGACUACGCACAGAGAACAGACUGUUAAAGCAGAGGAUUGAGACGCUGGAGAAGGAGAGUGCCGCACUGGCAGACAGGUUGAUCCAGGGUCAGGUGACGAGAGCGCAGGAAGCGGAGGAGAAUUACGUGAUAAAACGUGAAUUAGCGGUGGUGCGGCAACAGUGCACGACAGCCAGCGAGAGCCUGGAGAGAGCGCAGGACACCAUACGGGAAUUGCAGCAACACACGUAUACAGAGCAGUUUGUUAACGGGCUGCAGGCUCAGCUCGAGCAGUCUCGCCUUCAGGAAACGGAGCUCCUCAGCGCACUGAAGGAGAUGCAGGACAAAGUGCUGGACCUCGAGAAGAGGAGCAGUUCGCUGCCCGACGAGACGAACGUAGCGCAAAUCCAAGAGGAGCUGAAACAGGUCAAGCUGAGAGAACUGGAGACGCUGCGCUCCUUCAGAGAGAUGCAGGAUGUGGUCACUGAACUCAACCAGCACUGGCAGCACUAUACAUCACGUGGUGGCCACUGGAAAGAGUCUCCUAAGAAAAAUGCCCUGAAUGAAAUGCAGGACAAACUGAUGAGCAUGAGACUGAGAGAGGCUCACACACAGGCUGAAGUCAAAGAGGUUAAACUUAAAAACCUGCAGCUGGAGAGCCAGAAUCAGAUCUACAGCAAGGCCAUGACCCGUCACGAGCAGGAUAGCGCUGCCCUGCAGGAGAGACUGCAGAACGCUUUAUCACACAACAAGAGUCUGCAGAGUCAGCUCAACGAGAUGAAGAGGAAACAGGCCGAGUCAGACUGCAAGAGUAAAGAGGAGGUGAUGGCAGUGCGUCUGAGGGAGGCAGACAGCAUGGCAGCCAUGGCUGAACUCCGGCAAAAAAUAGCUGAGCUAGAAUUGCAAAAAGAGGAAGGGUUGAUACAAGGUCAGCUGAAUCAUUCUGACUCCAGACAGUACAUUGAUCAGUUGAGAGAACAGAUUGCUGAACUCAAGAAUGAGUAUUACACUUUGCCUAAAGCUCUGAAAGAAAUUUCCGGACAGAUAUGGAAAACGUGAGAGCAGCAAAACCUUUUUUUUUUUUUUUUUUUUCCCUCUUCACAGAAAAGUAGCGAACAUCUCUAGGAAUGCUUUUGCGUCUUAAAAUUUCUACAGGAUAUGCAAAUGAUGUGUUAUUAAUCUUAGUUUGUUGCCAGUUAGAAUGUUACUCAUUUCUAGGCUUUAGCUCGCUGGUUAUUCUGAGGUGUGCAAAAAAAGAAAAGAAAAGGGGGGGGGUAAAAAUCAACCAAACCACUUUAUCAAUCCGGUAACUCUACAUAUCUGAGUAGUAAAAUAGCAUCAAAAGCCACUGUAUAAACCACACAACCCUAUUUCUCUCAGGUACCUGAUGUGCCAUAUACACACAGGCACGCAGGGGGAGCUUUGAUGUGUGUGUGUGAAUGUGAUUGUGUGUUUGUGACGCCGAUGAGCUGUUUUACCCGCACACACAAAAUCGUCUUCAUACAUGCCAUGCUUGCUCAUCCAGAGAAAAGCCUUUCGUGACUGAGGGUGUGAGAGUAUGUUGACAUUCUCCAUUUUCUUGCUCUCUGUCCCUCCUGUUCUGCAUUGCUCUCACUUCGAGUACUCGUCAUCUUCCUCUUUGUUGGUUUUACCACUCACCACUCUCUGUCUUUCUUUCACUCACGGUAUUUGACCCCAUAAGGAUAGUGUUUACAUACAAAUCUAAGCAUGAGGGUGGAACUCAGCUGUCAUGAAAGACACGUUUGUUAUAAAUUUGAGAAUUAAAUGAAUAUGCGCAGAGGUUUUUAAAGUACGACAGACCUAUACGAUCUAUAUACGGUAAUAUCCAGGAGAAAUUUGAUAGGAGAGGUCAAAAUUUAUAAGCAGUAACGUAUUAUUACUAGCUUUUCAGUAUAUGUAUGAAGUUGAAAUGAAACUGAGAGGUUAUAGUACAGUCAUGUAAUUUCUCCUGCUGUUCACAAGCUUGUCUUUUGGUUGUAGUUUAUAUAAUAAUUUUAGAAAAAGAUUCAGCAUUUAAAAUGAUCAUUUUAGGAAAAGGGGUUGAUAUUUAGUUUAGUUGAUUUUUAUUUUGUAGCUCCACUAUGCAGGUAAAUCUCGGUGGCCUGUUUUGUGCAGGUAGGGCACUGACUUUGUGGUUUUCUCUGAAAGCUCAGCGAGGAAGUGAGAGGCGGAGUCUGUACCGAUUGUAAUCGCAAGGAGCGUUUUCAUUGGUUUACCACUGCUCCGCCCCCGCUCACAGAUUGUCUGAACUCUGCUUGGGAAUUCCAUGACGUCAUAUCUGAGAUUUUUUUUUUUGGCUCCCUACCUGUAUCAUUCUCUCAUGCAAAGUUCAGUGAGUCAAAGUAGGAGAAAUGAAAUGAGACAUAAAUUUGUGGUUCGCUCCAGUCACGCAAGGAAAUCCUCUUGACUACGCUUUUCACACACAGAACGCAUGCACACACUUACACGCCUCACAUGUCACAUGCAGAGAGAGCGGUAGCCUAAACAUAAUAUGUUGCUGAACACUAAAUGUUGCUUCAGAGUGAUACCACUUAUUAAUUAGUAAACAGGAUCAUGUCGGUCAUCUUUUAUUUUCACCCAGAAGCAAAUCGGCCCAUUUCAUCUAAACCAGUGUGUACUUGCGUAUUUCGAGGUCUGUGGUUGUUUCUGUGCUGUUCUCAACAAAGCAGCCUAAAUUCCUCAUUUAUAACACACACAUUAUUCCACCAUGCGUAUCGAACCAGUGCAAACCAGAACUGAACGCAAACGGUUACAGAACAUUGCAGCUGCAGAAAGGGAAAUGUAGAAAAAAAUAUGCUUGAAUGAACUUUCUGUUUCACAGCCACAGUAAUAAUAAUAAUAAUAAUAAUAAUAAUAAUAAUAAUAACUCUAUGAUCAACCCUAAAUUUUGGGAUAGUGCUAACAUUAGGAACAAGAAAACUGUGUGUGUGUGAUGGUAAAAGUGCUAAUGUAUUAAAGUAACAGAGGGACAAAAUAUAAAACUCAAUAUGAAAUUCUACCGUAAGAACAAGCAGCCCAUCUUGUCAAAGAUCACUUUGUUCGAUAACACAUGGAAAUACACGAUUUAUCUAGGUUAACUUAAUCUAAUUUUAGCUGAUAGUAGCAGCAAGCACACUACUACAUGACUGACCUACAUUGCAUUUAUACCAUCCAUCUAUCUAUCCAUUCUCUACACUGCUUAUGAGACACAAUCACACACCCAUUCACACACUAUAGACAAUUUAGAGAUCAGCCUACUUCACACCUUUUCGGACUGGGGGAGGAAACUGGAGUACCCAGAGGAAACCCCCAAGACACGGUGAGAACAUGCAGACUCCAUACACACGUGGUGGAGGUGGGAAUCAAACCUGCAGCCCUGGGGUUUUAACACAGAUUUACUCAUGACAUAUUCAUAAGUGUUUAUAAGUAAGCACUGCAAAGUUUCUCACGGGUGGCGAAUGUUCAAAAAAUGCUUAAUUUCCAUAUUUUUUGUAUGCUAGACUCGUGGGAAUUCAUUUCUAACUUGCUUAGUGAACUGCCACGAUACAGUAAGGAAAGGCGAAAAGGAGAGAGGCAAAAAAACGUCACAACAGGCGGUGUUCAAAAUCCUACCUUUGCAAGCUAGCUAGCUAGAGUAAAAUUAAAAAAGAAUUACAACUUAAAAAUUGUCUUAAAAUUCCACUAGGCUAAAUGUAUUAUAUUUAGACUAAAUAUACUGUAAUUGUGAUCAAAUAAUGCACAGAUGAUAACAAUUAAACAAAACAAAUGGAAGUAGAUGGUUUCUUGCUCACUAGCUUGUGGAUUUCGCUAUUCAACUUUCACCAGUUUCACCAGAGAGCUGUACUGUCCUUGUAGAAGUGUGGGAGAUGUAGCGUCUGUGAGGGAGACAUGCUAGAUCCAGACAAAAUCAUUCAUUCAUCCACUAUUCAUUAACACAUUUAGCUUUCUACAGAAAAUAUAAUUUGUUUGUGGUGUAUUAAACAACACAAGCUAAUGGCCAGGCUCCUCCCCUCCUUCCCCUGUUAACUCCACCCAUAUAGUUUAUAGAUUGUCCUUGAGUUUUUUUUCCCCGUUGUAACACUACGUUUUUCAUUUUAGAUAAGGCAGCUACGUGGUCAGCCCUCCAAAUUUCAAAACUCCGGGAGUGGAGCCUAUCAGGACCUGUGUCUGGCGAGCCCAGGUUCUGCAGAGGGAGACUACCUGAGUUCAGACGAUGAUCUGCUGCAGAGCCCGCUGCCUGG